UGUUCGUCAACACAAUAUAGUUUCUGGGGGUAAAUGUUAGUGCCUAGGGCUUAUUUUAUCUAAAUCCUCAGUUUCGUUCAAUUCUGUGUUCGGUUUCGGAACUAUGUUAGGUUUAGCGGUGUAAUAAGGGACAAAGGUCGGCUAUUGGCUGCUAACUUACACGCAGCAUGUAAACAGCCGCUAUUAAUCCAAGCGGCGGUGCGUAGACCUUGAAAGCAAAUUAUUUUGUUAUUUUUAUUUUAUUCAGCCCAAGUGAACCAGGAAGAGAACAUUGUGUUCUAACCGGACCGACGACCUUCGACCCUCCCCGUCAACGCGCGGCAUGUUCCCGUUAGACUCGCCAUGGAACAUCUCGUUCGCAGGUUGCGGCUUCCUGGGCAUCUACCAUGUCGGCGUCGCCAGCUGUCUGCUGGAGCAGGCUCCUUUCCUGGUGCACAACGCCAAGCACAUCUACGGAGCCUCCGCCGGAGCCCUCACCGCCACCGCUCUGGUCUCCGGCGUGUGUCUUGGAGAGGCUGGUGCCAGUAUCAUCGAGGUUGCCAAAGAAGCAAGAAAGCGAUUCCUUGGACCCAUGCACCCUUCCUUCAACCUGGUGAAGAUCGUACGCUUCAUGUUGCGGCGCACACUGCCGGUGGACUCUCACCAUCUGGCCAACGGGAGGCUUGGGAUCUCUCUGACCAGAGUAACGGACGGAGAAAAUGUCUUGGUGUCUCACUUCAACAACAAGGAGGAGAUUGUGCAGGCAUGUGUUUGCAGUGCCUACAUCCCAGUGUAUUGUGGCCUUAUUCCUCCCACCCUGCAAGGAGUGCGGUACGUCGACGGAGGUAUCUCUGACAACUUGCCUCACUACGAACUGAAAAACACCAUCACCGUGUCCCCGUUCUCUGGAGAGAGCGACAUCUGCCCGCGAGACACUUCCACCAAUAUACACGAGCUCCGCUUCACCAACACCAGCAUCCAGUUCACUCUCACCAACCUUUACAGAAUUUCCCGGGCACUUUUUCCACCAGAUCCAAUGGUUAUGAAAGCCAUGUGUAAACAAGGAUAUAAUGACGCUCUGCACUUCCUAAAGAAGAAUGGAUUGCUCAAUUUCAACGGCCCCCACAUAGACAGAGCUCUGCAGGCUAACAGGGAAGAGUACGAGGAGCAAAUUGAUUGUGCUCAUGGUGAUGCCAGAGGUGUUGGAGAAGAGGAAAAGCUAAAUAUGGAGGAGGUCGGAGGAGCAGUGACCGUUCAUCCCUCGAUAGAGGAGCAGAUCAUUGUUCACCUUCCACCUACACUGCACAAAGCCCUGAUUGAGGCCUGCACUGAAAGAAGAAGUCUGGCGCAGUCGCUAAGCAACCUGUUUCCUGUCAGGAUGGCAUCUGCCAUGAUGCUCCCCUACACUCUCCCCCUGGAGUCCGCUUUGUCCUUGACUCUCAGGCUUUUGGAGUGGCUGCCAGAUGUGCAGGAAGACGUCAGCUGGAUUCGAGAGCAGUUACUUAAAGUCCUUCAUCAUGUUCUGCGUCAGGCCUCCAAAAGCAUUACCCAGCAUGUUUAUGCCCGAUUUUCCUGUCAGCUGGAGCUGUACCACUACCAAUCCCUCCCUUCCCAGUUUUGCUCCACCAGCCUGCUUGCCACCUGGAUGGGCAGCGGCAGCCUUUCAGUCCAGGACAUCUUCACGCGUCUAGACCAGUACAAGAGACAGCUGCUCUCCGGCGCAUUUUGCAUCAAUAUGGAUCUAAAAGGGUCCUUCAAAGCCGGGCCCAUGUUGACAGAUGACGCCUCUGCUUUGUUCCUCCCCGCAGAAAGCUUCCCGUUGCACAAAGAUGGUCUUAACGUUCCGUCCGCCGCUAUGCAGCACUGCGAUUCAGACUUACCUCUUUUAAAUCCAGGAGCAGAGGAAACAAGUUACUAUCAGUUUUAAAUAUGUGUUCACAAAGCUGAUAGGUAUAGUAUUUUCAUGUUGGGGCUAAUUGUAAAUGGUAUUAAUUUACCAUCGCAUACAAUUAUGUAUUUCAAAUAAGCCCGUAGUUGCUCAGAAAACCCCAUAGAUGUAGCAUUUGUGAAGGUUAAAGGCAGGUGUGUAUAGUCGUGCAAAUAUGAAUAGUAAACAAACAUGAACUCUUGGUGUAGCAUGGCUGAAGAAGGUUGGUGUUUAUGUUUUCGUGGAAUGUGGUUAAACUUGUACUUAACCAUAGGAAGGGGUUGGAGUUUGGCCUCAUGCAUGAGAAUAUAUAGUAUGUGGACAAGUGAAUGAUUUCAAAGGUUGUUGCACUAAAGAGAAACUGUGUAGGAAGGAAACGCUGAACUUAGCCAAUUGCAGGUAGUUACGCCAUAUGUUUGAAGCAAGUGCCCAUGAAGUAUUAUGAACAUAAUACUGUAUUUUGUCCCAGGUGUGUGUACUGUAUGUGGAUGUGUUUGGGUUUUAUAUACAUGCAUUGUGUGUAUGUGUAUAUAUACAGUAUAUAUAUAUAUAUAUA